GCGCCGCUCUCGGUCGCGCUGACUCGUAGUGUGGAACCGCGGGUCACGGGUGCUCUUCUCCGGCCACAGAUUAGCCAAGCGCCGCCGACGCCGUCGGCCCCGAGCCUCCGCCAUGGACUUCGAGGACGAUUAUACACACUCUGCUUGCAGAAAUACUUAUCAGAGCUUUAAUGGAAUGGAUCGUGAUUAUGGCCCUGGAUCUUACGGAGGGAUGGAUCGUGACUAUGGCCAUGGAUCCUAUGGGGGUCAAAGAUCCAUGGACUCCUACCUAAACCAGUCAUAUGGCAUGGACAAUCACAGUGGUGGUGGUGGGGGUAGCAGGUUUGGACCUUAUGAGUCUUACGACUCCAGGUCUUCUCUGGGUGGGCGAGAUCUGUACAGAUCUGGCUAUGGUUUUAAUGAACCCGAACAAAGCCGCUUCGGAGGUAGUUAUGGUGGUCGAUUUGAGAGCUCCUACCGGAAUAGCCUUGACUCUUUCGGAGGUAGAAACCAGGGCGGGUCUAGCUGGGAAGCACCUUACUCCCGUUCAAAAUUGAGGCCUGGGUUUAUGGAGGACAGAGGAAGAGAGAAUUACUCUUCCUACAGCAGUUUUUCUUCACCCCAUAUGAAGCCUGCACCUGUAGGCUCUCGGGGGAGAGGAACGCCUGCUUAUCCUGAAAGUACGUUUGGAAGCAGAAACUAUGAUGCUUUUGGAGGACCAUCAACAGGCAGAGGCCGAGGCCGAGGACAUAUGAGUGAUUUUGGAAGCAUUCAUAGACCUGGAAUUGUUGUUGACUAUCAAAACAAACCCACCAAUGUGACAGUUGCUGCUGCAAGAGGAAUAAAGAGAAAAAUGAUGCAACCAUUUAAUAAGCCUGGUGGAACCUUUAUCAAGAAACCCAAGCUAGCAAAACCCGUGGAGAAGAUGAGCCUCAGCAAAUCACCCACAAAAACUGAUCCUAAAAAUGAAGAAGAAGAAAAGCGGCGAAUUGAAGCUCGGCGAGAGAAACAAAGACGCAGAAGAGAAAAAAACAGUGAGAAAUACGGAGAUGGAUACAGAAUGGCAUUCACAUGUUCAUUUUGUAAAUUUCGAACAUUUGAAGAAAAAGAUAUUGAACUCCAUCUGGAAAGUCCUUCACAUCAGGAAACAUUAGAUCAUAUUCAAAAACAAACCAAAUUUGAUAAAGUGGUUAUGGAGUUUUUGCAUGAAUGUAUGGUAAAUAAAUUUAAGAAAACAUCUAUUCGUAAGCAACAGACAAAUAAUCAAACAGAGGCAGUCAAAAUAAUAGAAAAGGAUGUUAUGGAAGGUGUUACUGCAGAUGAUCACAUGAUGAAAGUAGAGACUGUUCACUGCAGUGCUUGCAGUGUGUAUAUCCCUGCUUUACACAGCUCAGUUCAGCAGCACUUAAAAUCUCCUGAUCAUAUCAAAGGAAAGCAGGCUUAUAAGGAACAAAUAAAAAGAGAGAGUGUCUUGACUGCUACAAGCAUUUUAAAUAAUCCAAUAGUGAAGGCACGAUAUGAACGUUUUAUUAAGGGUGAGAAUCCCUUUGAAAUUCAAGAUCAUUCUCAAGAUCAACAAAUAGAAGGAGAUGAGGAAGAAGAGGAAAAGAUUGACGAACCUGUGGAAGAAGAGGAGGAAGAGGAGGAAGAAGAGGAGGAAGUGGGGGAAGUGGAGGAAGUAGAGGAAGGAGGGGAAGGCGGAGGAGUGGAAGGAGUGGGGGACACAGAGGAAGGAGGGGACCUAGGAGGAGAGGGGGAAGUGGGGGCAGUAGGGGAACGAGAGGGGGAGGGGGAGGGGGUAGAGGAAGUAGAGGAAGAAGAAGCAAAGGAAGAGCCUGUCGGCUUUUCUGUUGACCAAGCAGAAGAAAAUUAAAUAUAAGGUAUUAGUCAGUUUUAAAAGAAGCUUUAAAUUUUUGUCCCAAUGUGGAAAAGGGUAAGAAUUUCAGUAGUUUAAAAUAUGAGAGUUAACACCCAUGUUGCAUGCAUUCCACACAUUACAAUUUGUUUUAUAUAAUUUCUAAAUGUUUGGCAUUUGUUUAA